AUGGCUCCCGGAUUUGAUCUGGAAAACCUCGCCUCCUCCACACCAUUACUUCUAUACCUCGCCAGCCCCUUUCUCCUCAUCGCACUCAUCUGCUCCCUGACCCGUCUCUGGACCACAUUCGCCUACUACCGCGCCCUCCAACAAUUCCGCCAAACCGCCCAACAUGGCCACACCAGCAGUCGCAGCAACAACAACAUCGUCACCUCUCCACAACUCCCCUAUUCCAUCCCCUGGCUCGGCAACGCCCUCUCCUUCCUGAACAUGACACCCGGCGGCUACUGGAAUCAAAUUUUCCGCUGGUAUCCGCGCUCCAACGGCAUCAUGACAAUUCUCAUGGCAGGAAGAAAAACCCACAUCGUAUACGGAUUAGCGCCCGUGCAAGCUUUGUUCAAAGCGAAAACUCCCAAUAGAGAUUUUUUUGAACGAGAUAUGUUUCAGAAGGUUUUUGGCAUGUCUGCUGAUCAGAUCCAAAAUGCGGCUGAGGGGAAACAUUUGGAGACGGAGAUGAAUGCGAGGUAUAUGACGAAUUUUGAUAAAGUGAAUGAAUUGACGGGGAAGUUUGUCGAGGUUUUGGAGGAGGUUUUGGGGAAAGCAGAAGCACAAGAUGAACAAGAUCAACAACAGCCAAAACACUUCUACACCUGGCUCCGCGACAAAAUGUUCACAGCCUCCAUCACCGCUCUCAUGGGCUCCCAUCUCCUCGCCAUGUAUCCCAACUGGUGCGAAGAUUUCUUCGCAUGGGACAAUGAUUUUCUCGGAUUUUUCUUCGGAAUCCCUCCCAUUCUCCAACGCACCGCGCAUCAACGACGGGAACGCAUCUACUCGAAUUUAGAAACUUGGUCGCAGGAAAUGCUCCGUCGUAGUGGAGGUCAACCUGUCGAUCCGGAUGGACCGGCGUGGGAACCUUUGUAUGGAAGUCGAUUGAAUCGGGCACGACAGAUGGAUUAUAAAAUUCGAGGGUUGAAUUCUAGUUCGGGAGCGAAAUUGGAUGCGGGGAUAACGUUUGGAUUGGCGACGAAUGUGAUUCCUGCGACAGGUUGGAUGCUAAUGCAAAUUCUCAAUCCAGCAGCAGCAUCGUCGAAUCUGCUUCCACGAGUGUUGGCGGAAAUUCAAGCCUCUCGCCGGCCAGAAGAUGGGUCGUUGGAUGUGAUUCAACUGGUGAGUCAACCUCUACUGCAAAGUAUCUGGAUUGAAGCAUUGCGAUUAUAUUCCGAUUUACUGGUGGUACGGACCAUGCCCGAAGACCUAAUUUUACCUCUGGACGAAGACGGAAAGACACAAGUGCAACUCCGCAAAGGAGACAAUGUCUUUGCACCCUCAUACAUUCCCCAUCACGACGAGAGUUGGACCGAAAAAGUCCCAUGGGACGUCUUUGAUCCCGAACGAUUCAUCGUCACCGAUCCCAAAACCGGCUCGCCCACUUUCGUGUUCAGUAAACCCGGAGGCAAAUUUUUCCCAUUUGGCGGUGGGAAGACGAUUUGUCCGGGCAGGAUUUUUGCCAAACAAGAGGCCAUUGCCGCCGUGGCCAUUGUCCUGUCCCGCUUCGACUUCGACGUCAUGGGCUACGUGGACGAGAACAAGCAGCCAUGCACCCAGUUUCCCGGCAUUCAACGAGCUUAUCCGGGCUCAGGUGCUCUGGCGCCCGGGGGUGACUUGGUCGUGAAUGUGCGGAAACGAGUCUGGUAA